CUGUGAUAAAAGAGACUUUUCAAAAAAUUUUAUACUUUUAAAACCUUUCUCUAACCAAUUCUGUCCUAAAUAAGCUAAAACAUAAAGCACCAGACACAUUAUAGUAAAUUUACUGAUAAGCUGAAGGUGUGAUAAUUGACAGCGUUAAUAAUUCUUGCUUUAUUGACAUUAAUUUUUAAUUUUAAAAACAAAUUUUGCAGAUCGUGAUGAGUUUGGACGGCCAUUAAGUGUUACAGAGCGUCUAUCGCAGUCCUCCCUCUCCGCAUCGAUAGGGCCUCUUGGCUCUGAUAUGGUUGAACAUCGCCGCGCUCUUUCAUCGCCACCUUUCUCAGUUACGGUUAGUCCAAAUUCUCCUAAUAUAGAGAAGCCUAAAAGUGUGCCACAAAUAAAUACUCAAAGACAAUAUAAUUCUAUAUCAUUGCCGAGAAGUGUUGAUCCUCUUUUAACUAUACAUGAGGUCUCCCUAGCCUAUACAAGCUCAAAAUCUACUACCCCAACUUCUGCCCCUCUACAAGAGCCAACAUUCCCAAACAACACCCUCCCAGGCUUAUUAAUUGCCAAAAAUAAACAAACAGCCCCAGCAACAAUAACAACAUUCCCAACAUCUGGAAGUGUUCAUAUCCUUUUACCUCCAAAAGAAGCCAAUAAAACAAUUAAAAUAAAUGGGAAUCAAACAACUAAAACAAUGAAUACUAAAUUACCUUAUGUUGUUAAACGGCCAGAAGGGGAUUGGGCUUAUAAUAGAAGUAAUGGACAAUUACAGGUAAAUUAA